ACCACUAAGCUACAAACAGAUUGUAUAUGAAAUACAAAAACAAAUAUAUUUUCUCUCAACACACAAACAAAAGAUUAUGGUCCAGUGGAUUCCAUCACAUAAAAAUAUAAAGGGAAACGAAAUUGCUGAUUUAGCUGCAAAGAAAGCCCAUGAAAUAAAUGAUCCCAUGCCCAUACCACAAGACCCAAAUUGUGUCAUAAAAGAAAUCAAAAUUAAAAAUACCAAACAAUGGGAAUCAAAUUUAAAAAGAAUCUUAAACACAAAAAACUAUCUCAUUAAAGAUAACAUCCAAAAACCAUGGGCCAGAGCCAAGAACAGAAAACUAGACACAUGCAUGACAAGACUAAUAACCAAACACACAAGACUAAAACAUCAUCUUCACAGAAUGAACAUGGAAAAUGACCCUUUCUGCAGAUGGUGCAAGAACCAAGAAGAGACUAUAGAACAUAUGUUUUUACACUGCCCAAGAUUCAACUCGCACAGAACAAAACUAAAACAUGCAUUAAGACGAGUUAAUAUAAAAGACAUUGAUAUAAAUCUUUUGAUUACAGGUGCAGAUCAACCAUCUAUAACAAAGUACUACAUACUGAGACAUACAAAGAUCUUCCUACAAACAACUAAAUUAAUUGAUAUAAUUUAAGAAACAAGAAGCCAAG